AUGAAUCCAGACGUUUGGAAUGCCAUCUCCUCUGAAGCGAAGGAUUUAACGAUGCGACUUCUCGAUGUGGAUCAAAAUAGUCGCAUGACUAUUGAGGAAGCUCUGAGACAUCCGUGGAUUGCUCAAAAGUCCCGAGCUCCAAAAACACAUCUUCAUGAAACUGUAGAAGCUAUGAAGCAUUUCAAUGCACGCAGAAGACUUAAAGGAGCAAUUUUAGCAGCCGUCUCGAGUACAAAGUGGGCCAGCUUCUAUUCAGACAUCAAUGGAGCACGUGCAGGCGAAUUUAUCGAGGAAGAUGAUGAAGUCACUUCUGCUGGUAAAUUUGGGCUCAUAAGUUGUAUGACAAUGUUUGUCAGAAUUGCCGAAUUCCUAGAACUGGUCAAUUUUAAUGGUAGUUAG